GCUUCCGCCCGCGCGGGCCGGUAACGAUGCGCGCUCGGGCGGCCGCCGCCCGCCAUGGCGGUCAAUUACGCGGCCGGGCUCUCGCCCUACUCGGACAAGGGCAAGUGCGGCCUCCCCGAGAUUUUUGACCCACCAGAGGAGCUGGAGAGGAAGGUGCAGGAGCUGGCAGAUUUGAUCAGGAGCUCUUCCAACGUGGUAUUUCACACAGGGGCUGGAAUCAGCACCGCCUCAGGGAUUCCUGACUUCAGGGGGCCCAAUGGUGUGUGGACUAUGGAAGAGAAGGGGCUCUCCCCCAAAUUUGACACCACCUUUGAGAAUGCCAGGCCCUCCAAGACUCACAUGGCCCUGCUGGGGCUGCAGAGGGUCGGCAUCCUGAAAUUCCUGGUCAGCCAGAACGUGGAUGGCCUCCACGUGCGUUCAGGAUUCCCACGGGACAAGUUGGCUGAGCUCCACGGGAACAUGUUUGUGGAAGAGUGCGUGAAAUGCGGCAAGCAGUACGUGCGGGACGUGGUGGUGGGCAGCAUGGGGCUGAAGCCGACGGGCAGGCUCUGCAGUGUCACCAAGGCCCGGGGGCUGCGGGCCUGCAGAGGGAAGCUGAGAGACACCAUUCUGGACUGGGAGGACUCCCUGCCUGACCGCGACCUGACGCUGGCAGAUGAAGCCUGCAGGAAAGCUGAUCUCUCCAUCACUCUGGGGACCUCUCUGCAGAUCAAACCCAGUGGCAACCUCCCGCUAAUCACGAAGAAGAGAGGAGGGAAGCUGGUCAUAGUCAACCUCCAAGCAACGAAACACGACAGACAGGCCGACCUGCGCAUCCAUGGCUAUGUCGAUGAUGUCAUGACGAAGCUGAUGAAGCAUUUGGGGCUGGAGGUCCCAGAGUGGACGGGGCCAGUGGUGGUGGAAAGUGCUGAGCUCACCAAGCCCCAACAGCUCUUCAAAUUUGACCCCGGGGCUUGCGGGCUGCUGAAGGAGGAGCCUGUGGCCCAGCACAACGGCACGAGUGGGCUGUGCCCCGACCUUGGGACCGCGCUGGCGGAGCCCCGUGACAGUCUGAAGCAGGAGUGUCCCAGCCCAGACAUGGGGCCGACAAGGGUGAAGAAGAUGAAGGUGGAGCCUCUCCUCACCUGACCCAGACUGUUCCCUGUCUGUCCAGACUCGUCUGUGCCGCUUUUCCUAACGACUCUUUUUUUAUUACCCUUCAACAUUGUCCCAUUUUUUAUGUGAGUAUUAAAUACACUUGAAUCGUGUGUUCAGGCAGCUGCACCCACUGGCCUGGGAAGGAAACGGAACAAGCACCUUCUCUGCACGAGGAGCUGUCUGGCCAUGGGGCCCAGCAGCCCUUGGAGGGGCACAGGGAUGUGGGGCAGUGACACAAGAUCACUGGGACACCUGAUGCCACCUUGGCUGAAGCUGGGUUGGGUGAGCAGUCUCUCCUGGCUGUGAUCUGUCUGCCCACACAGAGGUGGUCCCGUGUGUGCUGGUGGUGCAGAGGCUGUCACUGGGCAGUGGAAGGGGACUGGUGCUGGCCAAAUCCUGGCCUGGGAGCUGUGGGAUGGUGCCCACUGCUCCCAGGGCAGCCCCAGCCUGGGGCUUGCCAUGUGUCCCUGCUCUUUUGCCUCAUAAUAACUGGGCUUGAUGUGUCCCUAGCCCAAGAGUUCUUUGAAACCUUGUGGAUCAUCCCAUAUUAAAGUAAACUGAGUGGA